CUGCUUGAUGUUUAUUAUUUUAUUGACACAAAAUUUGCCCACUACAAAUUCCUUAGUUUUCAGAAAAAAUGUUUAAAAAAUCGAAAGGGACUAAAAAUUAUGCAGCGCCGAGUGCUCCAACAGCCGAAGAAAUAUUGUCAGAUAUAGAAACAUUUCAAGUAGACAUCGACACAGCAAUUGCAACUACCACCAAUAAUAGGCAUUCGGAUUCAACAUCAACCAGUCUGGAGAAGUGGUGGAUGGGCUUUGAACAAUUUAUAAACGAUCUGAAAUGUUUGGAAGUGAUACAAAGUGAAAUCGAAGGCUACAAACUGAAAUUGGAGGCUCACAAAUUGGAAAUAGAAACGGAGGCUACGCUACUGAAAAAUGAACUCGAUGAAAAAAAAGCCCAAAUUGACGUGGCAUUGAAACAACAGUAGUUGUUUUAAGAAGGGGUUUAUGUUAUUGUAUUUAAUUAAUAUUAAUUUAAUAAAUUAGGACCAAAGA